AUGGAUCCUGCGCUAAGAGAGCAAUUGGAUUCUCUCAAGAGCAAAAAAGCCGCGGCUCAGAAAAAAAUACACGCCGAGCUUACAAAACACAGGCUCUCUUUCAAGCAGGCCGAGGGCGACGAAAUGAUCGAUGAACAGCCAUAUUCUAGGGAAGCUCUCCCGCCUGAUCCUAUGGACUGGUCUGCUGAGCAAUGGGCCAGACACGAUAGGCCCCAAGCCCCGCAGGAAAACAACACGGGGUACAAAAACAUGGCUGGCCUAGCCCACGCUACUUAUCUCAAAGAAACAGCCAAGCGCACUGUAGAUAUGGCCCAGUAUGAGAAAAGCAAGGCUGAACAGAGUCUGCAGUGGGGCGACCACCAACACGCUGCUCUUGUGCCCAGCACGCCUGCCGCAGAGAAUGUCGAUGCUUUGGUGAAAUCCUUACAGGAGGCCAGCGAGCGCAAGCAAAAACGUAGAACUGGGGAGGUCGCCGACAAGCAGUACGUGAACGAGAAAAACAGGCAGUUUAACAUGAAGUUAGACCGCGAGUACGGCAAAUGA